AUGGCAGCCUCAUACCACACCUCGCUCCUCACUGCUACAGACUGUCGCUCUCACGUCCACCUCAUCAUCGGCAGCAAUUCACUCGCCGGCAAGCGGUGCGAGCAGUCCAUCGCCACCGGCGCAAAACCUAUUCUUAUCGCGCCCGAGCCCCCACCAACUCAGCCUCUACACUACGGCCUCACCAAUCUCAUUGAGUCAGGCCACGUCGAGUGGGAACGCAGGCCUUUCACGGAAAAUCUUGCCCUCACUCGCGGGCGGGACGAGAUAGGCAACGUGGUCGACGCCGUCUUCGUCACGACCACAAACGCCGUUUCCGUGGGCGAAGGCUUAUCGGCGCAACUCAUCUCAGCCGUUUGCAAACGCAACCGCAUCCCUGUGAAUGUGGUCGACAAUCCCAGCCUCUGCAGCUUCUCCAUCCUGUCGACGCACAGCGACGGGCCGCUGCAGAUCGGCGUUACCACCAAUGGGAGGGGAUGCCGCCUCGCCAGCCGCAUACGUCGCGAGGUCGCGGCAUCGCUCCCGCCUACCCUGGGGACCGCUUGUGCGAAAUUGGGGGAAGUGAGACGGAGGAUUCAAGAAGAGGACCACCUGCUUCACGAGGCUCUCAACGGCGGUUCCCUUACUGCUGGAGAAGAAGAGGAAGGGCUGGAGCAGACGGCCAAUUUCAACAAACUCGUCACCGAGGAAGACCUGGACGCCGUGAAGCACAGGCGCAUGCGCUGGCUCGCGCAGGUCUGCGAGUACUGGCCGCUGAAGCGCUUGGCAGCCAUCAGCGACGACGACGUCGAGGCAGUUCUGAGAUCAUACUCUGGCAGCAGCAGCACCUGCAGCGGCGCAACUGCCAUUGGAGGAUCAGACGAUGGCAAGAACAACGGCUCUUCUGCUAGCGCACGCGGCAGGAUCAUCCUCGCUGGCUCCGGUCCCGGACACCCCGACCUGCUUACCCGCGCAACCUACAAGGCAAUCCAGUCUGCCGACCUAAUCCUGGCCGACAAGCUUGUACCCGAGGGCGUGCUGGAUCUCAUUCCCCGGCGCACGCCUGUCUCUAUCGCGCGCAAGUUCCCUGGCAACGCCGACAAGGCUCAGGAGGAACUGUUGGAACAGGCUAUUGCGGGCGUCAGACAGGGCAAGGUGGUGUUACGACUCAAACAAGGCGACCCCUUCAUCUACGGCCGCGGAGGCGAGGAGGUCGAAUACUUCCGCCAAAACGGUCUAGGUGGUAGGGUCCUGGUCCUGCCUGGAAUCACAAGCUCAUUAAGUGCGCCGCUGUUCGCGGGCAUACCGCCCACGCAGCGAGAUGUUGCAGACCAAGUAUUAGUUUGUACUGGGACGGGCAAAAAGGGCAAGCCACCGACGCCACCAGAGUUCAUUGGAAGCAGAACGGUCGUAUUCCUCAUGGCUUUACACCGUAUUACUGGUCUUGUGGCCGAGCUCACGCAGCAUCUGCCUUCCGAUGGAGAGGACAAGCACCCACCACAACAACUGAGACGAUACCAGAUGGGGCUGGGCCAGCAGAGGACGUGGUUCACCAAAUGA